AUGAAGUGGAAUUAUCCAUGCUGUUUGGGAGCUAUUGAUGGGAAGCACAUUGCUAUUCAACAACCAGCUGAUACAGGCUCUGAGUUCUUUAACUAUAAGCACCUUUUUAGUGUAAUUUUAUUUGCCAUGGUUGAUGCAAACUACAAGUUUAUUUAUAUUGAUGUUGGAACAGCUGGCAGAGCAGGUGAUGCUGGAGUUUUUGCUGAUUCUGCAUUGAAUAAAGCACUGAGAACAAACUCUUUAGAUCUUCCAGAUGCAGUUGCCUUACAAGGGAUAUCAAAAAUGAUACCACAUCAUAUUGUUGGGGAUGAUGCCUUUCCUGUAAGUAAUCGUAUAAUGAAGCCAUACCCUUAUCGGAAUUUGGAGAAAGAGAAGCGUAUCUUCAAUUACAGAUUGUCAAUAGCACGAAGAGUUGUCGAAAAUGCCUUUGGCAUUUUAUCUCAUAGGUGGAGGGUAUUCCUAACUACCAUUAAACUAACACCCGACAAAGUUAAAGACAUAAUUUUGCAGCUUGCUGCUUGCACAAUUUAA